CUGUAGGAAAUAGCAACUUUACAAAAAAUAAAGCUACAAAGGAUAUAAGAAAAGAUAAUAAUGUCAGAAUUAAAACUUUGAUACACCUAUUUGCAUGUCAUGUUACUGUCAUUAUCUCAGGUUACCAAUUCAUGUUAGGUGUCAGUGAUUGGUGCAGUACUAAAAGCUACUAGUUAUAAGCAACAAGCUUUUAGUCAUUAUAGUGUGGAGUGAGCUGAGUUUCAUCAGUUUGAAUCUUUGCUGAUACAACAUGUUCCUGCAUCCUGUAAAAACAUCCAUAUUCGAGAUUGCCAUGCACAAUGCACUGAAAGGUAAACAAACACAUCAACCCAGCCCUUAAUUUAAAAUUGAAUCUUGAUAACAACAUAAUAAACAGUGCAGCUGAUUAAGGUGAAAAUAAUACUGCACAGAUGUAUUAUAUCAAAUCUUACAUGAAAAAGAAAACAAUCAUUACUGCUUCAGUUAAUUUUUUUAUUGUAGUAUUUUUGAAAAAGCUAAAGUCAAGAUCAUCUAGUAUGUUUCACAUCCUCUCUUGUGUUGUUUUUAGUUUUAGUAGUGCUGAUUUGUGUUGACAAUUUUAUAAAUGUAUGCUUUUAUAGGUCAUAGAUAAUGUAGCUAUGAAGUCUUGACUCUUUAAUCUACAAUUUAAAGAAAGUAAUACAGUAAAUCAUAAAAGCCUAUCAAUCCCUAACCUGCUUGAUUACCAGAAUGAGGCUUAUCAACAAUAAAAACAGAACAUGUAUCAUGAUAAGAAGCCCUGAUAAAUAUGCAUCAUGAACAACAGCUCUUCAUUGUACAUCAUUUUUCAAGUCAAGUGUGGCCCGGCACAAUGAAGUCCAUCUCAGUUCUGAUAUUGCUGCUUCUUUUGGGAAUAGCCUUGGCUCACGAAUAUCGUAAUGUGGCCUUGUUUGGGAAAGCAACCCAGUCAUACCGAGCAAAUAAUUUGUAUGCAGAUGCCUACAAUGCUAUAGAUGGAAACCAUGAGUCUAAUUACUAUGGCGGAUCAUGUACUCAUACUGUAACUCAGACCGACCCCUGGUGGAGAGUGGACCUACUGGAGUCAUACAUCAUCACCUCCAUCAAAAUCACUAACAGGAAAGACUGCUGUCCAGAAAGAAUUAAUGGAGCAGAGAUUCAUGUUGGUAACUCUUUACAAGAGAGUGGUACCGAAAACCAAGUGGUAGCUGUCAUUUCUCAUAUCCCAGCAGGCAGGACUUUAAAAAUAACUUUGAACAGACUUGUUGAGGGUCGUUACGUGACUGUUUUUAUACCUGGUCCACGAAAGAUACUUACACUCUGUGAAGUGGAAGUCUAUGGUUACCGUGCACCAACUGGAGAGAACCUGGCAGUUUAUGGUAAAGCUUCACAAUCGUCAGUUCAUUCUGGAGGGAUUGCAUACAAUGCUAUAGAUGGGAAUCGUGCCAGCUUCUGGAGCCAGGGUUCUUCCAGUUUCACAAAUGCAGACUUCAUCCCCUGGUGGCGGCUGGACCUGGGCAGAACCCAUAAAGUGUUUUCUGUUAACAUAACCAACUUGUCAGAUAUAGAUUACGAGCAUUUAAUCAACGGAGCUGAGAUAAGAAUUGGAGAUUCUUUGGAAAACAAUGGCAACGACAAUCCAAGGUGUGCUUUGAUCUCCAGUAUCCCUGCGGGUUAUACUCAAAACUUCCAGUGUAACGGGAUGGAUGGUCAAUACAUCAACAUAGUAAUUCCUGGACUAACUCAGCAGCUGUGCCUCAGUGAGGUGGAAGUGUACGGCUCCAGACUAGAUUAGGUCUGAGAAUUCUGUAGUUUAUUUAUGGGAAGUUAAAGAAGCAUGAAUACAUUUCUUACCACUAGAGUGCAGAAAAAACUUAAAAACCAACUUAAACGAAUCAAAGACCAAAUAUUACAUCCUGAUCCAACAUUCACAAUGUAGUUGGACUAUAAAACAUUUUUGAAAAAAGGAAAAAAGAUUUAGAAUUUGAAUGACUUUUUAGUAAAUAUGUGUUGCUGUUCUUUAUCCUCAGUUGUAUGUAUUUGGCAGACAGCGUAACAAGAACAUCUAUCAGUACAAUGAUCUUAUUAGAUUUCAUUCUAAACUACAAUAUAUACUUAAUUGAAACCAUGGUCUUAAUAAUCAGUAAUUAAUCAGCUUUACUUUUGCACAUUUCAGGCAAAUAUGCAGUCAAAGGGAUCAAAAUAUAAACUAUUAAAAAAAGCUUAAAUGAUUGUUUUUUUAAAAUACCCUAAUUUACUGAGAUAUAAUUUAAUCUCAAACAGAAAUUGCUCUGACUAUGGAGAUGUUCUUCAAAUGACAAAAUGCUGCUUAUAACACCCACCAGAAGAGCCUGGAAACAAAAAAAUAAAUAAAUAA